AUGAACAAUAAUCAAAAUUACAGCGGUCAAGAUAGUUCCAAUCGAAGAGUGAGACCUUCUUUUUCAGAGGCUCUAUCUGUAUCUUUAGGGUUACAUGAACAAGGAAUUGGAGCAGGUAGAACGAGAAGCAAUCUAGCUCCAAACUCAUACAGCGGAUAUAAUGAUAAUACCACAUCUUCUGUGAGCAAUAGAGAAUUUGGUCGCAUAGGAAGGUCCUAUGCAGGUUCCAUAUCAUCUAAUUCACCAAGUCUAUAUCUUAAUACAAGCAGAACUGAUGAAUUGCUUCCGAUAAGGAAAAUGCCUUCAAAAUCAAUAUUGGGCCCUGAUGCAUUACACAGACAAACAGCAGAAAUUUCCAACGAUUUCAAUGAUACCUCAAUGGAUGAAGCUAAAAUCAAGAGAUAUAUAGAGUUACUAAAUAGAAAGCAAAUUGAAGCUGAGGAAGAAGGAGAAGAAUCAGCAGUGCAUUUAAGACCCCAUACUUUUAUUGAAGGCAAAAGUUUUUUAUCACCUAUUGGAUCAUCAGCGUCACAACUAGAUGGUUUAGAACAAAGAGCAUUAUUAACACCAUCAUCAUCAAUUGUUGGUAAUGAAUUUGAUUUGGAAUCAACUUAUGAUGAAAUAAAUAAUGACUAUAAUUCUAUACUGAGAAUUCAAUCGAGAGAAUUAACCAGCUCUUCUUUUGCUACAAAAGGGUUAGAACUGCUAAAUUAUUUACCAGCAGCUAUAUUAGGGCUUUUAUUAAAUAUUUUGGAUGCUCUUUCAUAUGGUAUGAUUAUAUUUCCUAUAACAGAACCGUUAUUUUCUGGAUUAGGACCAACUGGUAUAUCAAUGUUUUACAUAUCUACUAUUGUAUGCCAGUUAGUCCUAUCUGGUGGGUUCUCAAGUUUUCCAUGCGGUAUUGGUAGUGAAAUGAUUGAAAUAACUCCUUUUUACCACACAAUGGCUUUUGCCAUAAAAGAUGCAUUGCCAAAUCAAGAUAACGAGGUAAUUACCACGACUAUAUUUUGCUAUGUAAUAAGUUCUGUUGUCACAGGCCUGGUAUUCUUCAUGCUAGGUAAAUUAAAAAUGGGUAAAAUUGUCGGUUUUUUCCCUCGUCAUAUUCUAAUUGGAUGUAUUGGAGGUGUCGGCUAUUUUUUGAUUAUUACUGGUAUUGAGGUAUCUACAAGAAUCGGGAAAUUUGAAUAUAAUUGGGAAUUCCUUCUUUCUCUUCUUACAAAUUUGGAUACUCUAGGUAAGUGGCUAUUGCCAACUCUUUUAACAUUAUCACUUAUUUUGAUACAGCGACAAGUGCAGAAUUCAUUAGUAUUGCCAUCAUUUUAUAUAUUAACAAUAAUAUUAUUUCAUUUUAUUGUGGCUAUACUUCCAAAUCUCUCAUUAGAUCAUUUGAGAGAAAAUGGCUGGAUAUUUCCUGUUACAGACUCUAAAAAUAGUUGGUAUGACCAUUACAAGUACUUUAAUCUACAUGACAUACAUUGGGGGUUAGUCUUAAAGCAAAUUCCAACCAUGCUAGCACUAACAUUUUUUGGAAUUUUACACGUACCAAUUAAUGUUCCAGCUUUAGCUAUGUCAUUGCAUAUGGAUAAAUAUGAUGUUGAUAGAGAGUUAAUUGCACACGGUUAUUCAAACCUAAUCAGUGGGCUUCUAGGUUCGGUGCAGAACUAUUUAGUUUAUACAAAUAGUGUCUUAUUCAUUAGGGCAGGUGCAGAUUCUUCAUCAGCUGGAUUUUUAUUGGUUGCAUUAACUGUUGUGGUCAUGGUUGCUGGUUCAGUGAUAGUCUCAUUUAUCCCAGUUUGCAUAGUUGGAUCAUUGAUCUUUUUGUUAGGCUAUGAAUUAAUGGUGGAAGCAUUAGUAGACACAAUUGGCACAGUAACAUCGUUUGAAUACAUCACAAUAUUAAUCAUUGUUUUCAUCAUGGGAAUAUAUGACUUUGUUCUGGGAAUCAUUGUCGGUAUACUAAUCGCCUGCUUAUCGUUUAUGGUAGACGGUACAAAGCUAGAAACAAUAAAUGGAGAAUAUGAUGGCCAGGUGGCAAAGAGUACAGUUUAUCGUGAUUAUAUUCAAACCAAGUUUUUAAACGGUAUUAGGCAGCAGAUAUAUUUAUUGAAACUUCAAAAUGUUCUAUUUUUUGGUACCAUUAUUUCAAUUGAAGAAAAGAUUGAUAAAUUAUUAGAAAUAAGCGACAAAGAUCCAUCUAAGAGAAGAAUAAAAUACUUAAUAUUAGACUUCAAAAACAUAAAUGCUGAUAAUAUAGACUACUCUGCAGCUGAAGGGUUCAACAGAAUUAAAAGGUUCACGCAAGGGAAAAGAAUACAACUAAUAAUUUCUUCCAUAAAGGAAAAGGAUAAAAUUUAUAGCGUGUUCAAUAUGGUUCGUCUCCUGGAAGAUGUAGAAUUAUUUGAUGAUUUGAAUAGUGCUUUAGAGUGGUGUGAGAAUGAAUUCCUAUACCAAUACAUGCAACUUCACGAAAAGGCUAAGGAUAGAAUACACAAGAGAAUUUCGAUAUCUAAGGAUAGUGGCAGUACCUAUUUCUCUCGAAAUAGAUCUGAUUCAGGUCUGUCGGCUGCUGACCAGCAAAUGCUAAUGUCACUACCAAUAAAUACUCCUCGAAACAAUCAAGUACUAUCUGUCGCACGAAAAGUUUUUAAAAAUGAGGCACAGACUGCAAGCAAAUUUAAGACUCAUAAUGAAACUGAUAAACCAGUUCUAUCCUUAUUAUUGUAUUCUAUCAGACUAUUCAGACCUGAUGUAUUUUCUGAAGAUGUAAGUAUUCGAGAAAAAGAAAUCAACUUUUGGGGUCAACUUUCUCCAUACUUUAGAAGAUCUUUGUUUCCUACUGGAUCAACUUUGGUUAAUAGUAGUAACUUCUUCUUUGUUGUAGAGUCAGGUGUUGUCCGUGUUACUCACGAUCUUCCUCAAGGUAUAGUUUCUGAAACUAUGUCUAAUAGAACAUGUUAUGGUAAAGUUGUAGGUCACAGGGGGACUGUAACAAACCUUCCGAAAAUAAUAUUUAAGACGGAAACAGAAUCAAUUAUUUGGAUGAUCGACGAUGACACCAUGUCUAGAAUUAAAAAAGAAAAUUUAAAUUUAUACACAGAACUGUUACUGCUAGUCAUGACAAUCAGGGAAUAUAGAUAUAAAGGUUUAAUUGGGUAUACAUUAGUAAGCGCAUAG